AUGACUACCUUCUCAGCUGCGGUACAUGCGGCACAAUGUCAAGCUAUCCAACAUCGUGCACUCUCGGCAACCUUGAAAAUCGCUGAGAAUGUGUCCCAGUGGAAUGGCAGCGACUCCCCGUUCACUGAAGUCUCCAUGAAGCUAAAGGAGCUAAGUGAAGCGGCAUUCGAGCUGGGCAACAAGCUAGGCGAAGCUGGGCAGAUUUCUGAGAGGCUCCACAACACACUCACCGAUCGACUUGAGAAGUGUGCCUACGCCGAGACGAUUGUGGAGAAAGAAACUGGUGCAUUUGCGGCUCAACAGUUUCCAGUUGACGAAGUUUUGCUAUCAAAGUAUGAGCACUGGGCCGGCCUAGAGACCUCGGUAAUGAAAGCUUUGGUAGAAGCUAUCCAGAUAAACACCGCAGAUGGUCAAGACAAGCUUCUGUGUGGCCGUGGAUAUCGCGGACUGCUGGAGAUGGCAGAUGCUGCCUUCCGGGCAGUUAUUUCAAGCGACACAGACCCUUUUGGAUUGAAUGAUGAAGAGCCACCGGCUUAUGAUGAAAAUCCACACGAACAUGUUUCGGAUGUCAAAGGACCAGAACCGCCUGCAUCAUCCACUGCAAGCCCUUCACCAUCAAAGAAUACCCGAGAGAGCAAGCUCUCGGAAGUAUUCAGAGCUGUGACUGCUCCAUUCCGUUAUAAGCCCGAGCCUCUUGUCAUGGCUCUCUGUGAAGCGUCCUCUAGAGGUGAUAUUGACACGGUCACGUCACUUAUCUCAUCUGGGGCGAACAUCAACGGACGCAAUGAUGAGGGCAAGACACCGCUUGUUCAAGCCAUCGAGAACCAACAGCCCAACGUGGUCACCAAGUUACUACAGCUCGGAGCGUCGAAAGAUGUGAGCGACUCGGCAAAAAAGUUGCCCCCUCUUUUCUGGGCAGCCUCAGCUGGCGACAUCCCUAUGGCCAAGCUUUUGCUACAGUACGGAUGCAGCCCGAACCAUAAGAAUAUUUAUGGAUGGGCCUAUUUCUUGGAUAUCGUCGAUAAGGGUGACUUGGGUAUGGUAAAGCUUCUGCUGGAUCACGGGGCAGAGGUUAACGCGACUGAUCAAUAUGGUCGGGUCGCAUUUCAACACGCCUACUCGAGAAAUAACCUCGCGAUGCUCAAGCUGCUGCAAUCCCGCGGUGGUUCUGUCAACGCGACAGACAUAACCGGAUGUCCCAUUGUCAUCCUUGCUUUGCAAGAAAACAAGGAUGACAUCUUUCAUUUCCUACUUGAGCACGGUGCGAACGUCAACUCGACAUCCAGCACUGGUACACCCUUGGUUAUCGAAGCGUUCACAAGGCAACGUACCAAUAUCGUAAAGAAAUUGCUCGAGCGAGGCGCCGAUCCGAACGCAAAAGACCUCGUGGGAACCAGCAUGCUUAUGAACACCAUCAAAGCUCAGACUUUCACCGCGAAUGGUCGAGAGGAGUUGAUUAAGCUUCUCCUUACCUAUGGUGCUACUCCUAACGACUCCGAUAUGUGGGGCAAGUCAGCCGUUAGUCUCCUUAUAGAAAGACAGCACACCAGUCUCCUACCUCUUCUCCUCGAAAAAGGCCUCGACCCGAAUAAAGAGCUCGGGAACGGAGAGACCCUGCUCAUACACGCAAUUGAUUGUGGCAACGCGGAGCUAAUCAAGAAGCUCCUCCGCCACGGUGCAUCCCCAAACGGCUCGAACAAAAAGGGAUGCACGCCCUUGGUGCAAGCCGUACAAGCGAGAGACUUUGAAACGGUUAAGCUGCUUGUAGCAUCCGGUGCAGACGUGAACGCGAUGGGAGUUAUCUCACCUCUAGACUUGGCACGCUUACUUAAAGUUAAAGAGACUGAGGACCUGCUGGUAAAGAGUGGUGCAAGAUAG